UAAGCUGAACUGACGUCUUUGUUUACACUCUGUUACCUUCGAUCCCUCUGCUGUGUUCAACCUUUGUGAGGGAAGCCAGCUUUUAAUCCACUUUUCUUUUCAGCACCGAUCAUGGCGGUGCAAGCUGGAGCUCUGAUCAGCACUAAAUGGCUCGCGGACGCAUUGAAGACUCGGGGGAAAAUGCGCAUCUUGGACAGUUCUUGGUAUUUGCCAAAACUGCAGAGAAACGCCAAAAGCGAGUUCCAGAUAAGGCACAUUCCCGGGGCAGCUUUCUUUGACAUAGACCAAUGCUGCGAUAAAACUUCUCCUCUGGACCACAUGCUGCCGUCUGAGAAAGUUUUCGCAGAUUAUGUUGGGAAUUUAGGAAUAGAAAACGACACGCAUGUGGUUGUAUACGACUGCAGCGAUUAUGGUGCGUUCUCAGCACCGCGCGUCUGGUGGAUGUUCCGGGUGUUUGGCCACAACGCAGUGUCUCUGCUAAAUGGGGGGUUCAGGAACUGGGAACUAGAGGGUCGACCUGUGAGUAACAGCUAUGUCAGACCCCCUCCCGCCGAGUUUAAGGCCCAUUUGAAGAGCUCUGGGAUUAAAACCUACGAGGAUCUGCUGGAUAACCUGGACACUAAGGAGUUCCAGGUGGUGGAUGCCAGGCCCGCAGGAAGAUUCAGGGGACUGGAGCCUGAACCCAGAGAUAACACGGAGCCUGGCCACAUCCCUGGUUCUUUCAGCAUUCCCUUUCACUCAUCCUUGUCCGACUCUGGACAUUUCCUGCCUAAGGACAAGCUCCAGGAGCUCUUCAUCCGUGCUGGAGUGGACCUCAGCCGUCCCAUCUGUGUGUCGUGUGGUUCAGGCGUGACGGCCUGCACUCUGGCUUUAGCAGCCCAUGAGUGUGGACAUCCGGGUGUGUCCGUGUACGACGGUGCAUGGUCCGAGUGGUACACCCGUGCCCUUCCAGAGUAUGUCAUAUCCGAAGGCAGGGGGAAGCAUUUGUAAUCAACUGAGAAGACACGGUGUGGAACCAGACCAGACGGAGACCAGAUUACAAUUACAGCAUUUUGCACUGGAAGAUAUAAAGUUACAACCAGGUAUCAGUCUGUCAUAGAGACAUUGAAAUAAAGAGUCUUUGUUAGUUUUCUGAGGUAUCAAAGAAGGUCUUUCAUUGGCUAUGAAACACUGGACACCUUCACACCACAUUCUGUCUUUGUUCGUUCAUCCCCUAUCCAAAUGUGUCAUGUAUGUUUUUCACAAAAUGUAUAUGUUAGUAAAAACUAAUAUAUGAAGACUAAA